UUCCGCUCCUCCUCUUCCUCCAACGGCCCAAAGCCGCGUCUUUGACCUCCUCUGCGUUCCCCCUCGCGAAUUAAACCCACGAACCCUAGCGCUCCGGUAAGAGAAGAGGAAGAAGAAGAGAGGUUGGAGAGGCGGCGGCGGCGGCGGCGGCGUCGUCGGGCGGCGGACGAGGACGGGGAAUGGGGCAGUGCUAUGGCAAGAACAUCUCCGUCGUCAGGGACGGUGGGCGCCACCGACGGCAGACUCCGACGCACCCGGACAACGGUGUCGAUGCCGGGGGUGUUCCCUCCGCUGCCGUCACCCCGCUCCGCGAAAGUAGCGGCCCCGCCACCCCUGUUCACCAGUCCUCCACCUCCUGUCCCAGCCCCAACCCCCAGGACUCAGCCGGCCCCCUUCCCGCCGGGGCCUCCCCCUCGCCGUCCAGGUCCACCCCGCGGCGAUUCUUUCGCCGUCCCUUCCCGCCUCUGUCGCCCGCCAAGCACAUCAAGGCGGCACUCGCCAAGCGCCUGGGCUCGGAGAAGCCCAAGGAGGGGAGCAUCCCCGAGGCCGUUACGGGAGAGGCAGAGCAGCCUCCUCUGGAUAAGAGCUUCGGGUACGGGAAGAACUUCGGAUCCAAGUAUGAGCUCGGGAAAGAGGUGGGGCGGGGGCAUUUCGGGAAUACGUGCUUGGCUACGGCGAAGAAGGGGGAGAUCAAGGGUCAGACUGUUGCUGUCAAGAUCAUCGCCAAAGCUAAGAUGACAACAGCAAUAUCGAUUGAAGAUGUUCGUAGGGAGGUCAAAAUUCUGAAAGCUUUGUCCGGGCACAAAAGUCUUGUUAAAUUUUAUGAUGCAUGUGAGGAUGACGUUAAUGUCUACAUAGUCAUGGAAUUAUGUGAAGGUGGAGAAUUAUUAGGUAGAAUCUUAGCCAGAGGUGGAAGGUACACGGAGGAAGAUGCAAAAGCAAUUGUUCAACAAAUAUUGGGUGUAGUAGCAUUUUGUCAUCUUCAAGGUGUUGUGCAUCGUGAUCUAAAGCCAGAGAAUUUUCUCUUCACCAAUAAUGAUGAAAAUGCUCCGAUGAAGUUGAUUGAUUUUGGUCUUUCUGAUUUUACCAGACCAGAUGAAAGGCUAAAUGACAUUGUUGGAAGUGCAUACUAUGUUGCUCCUGAAGUAUUGCAUCGAUCAUACAGUAAUGAAGCAGAUAUGUGGAGCAUUGGUGUUAUAACUUAUAUUCUGUUAUGUGGAAGUAGACCUUUCUGGGCACGAACCGAAUCAGGAAUCUUUCGCUCUGUUUUGAGAGCUGAUCCUAAUUUUGAUGACUCACCGUGGCCUGCUCUAUCCCCAGAAGCCAAAGAUUUUGUGAAAAGGCUUUUAAAUAAGGACUACAGGAAAAGAAUGACAGCUGCUCAGGCUUUGACUCACCCUUGGUUGAGAAAGGAGCAGAGUUCAAUUCCUUUGGAUAUACUUGUAUAUAAAUUAAUCACAUCAUACUUUUGUGUUACACCACUGAAACGGGCUGCAUUAAAGGCACUAUCAAAAGCUCUAUCCGAGGAUGAGCUCUUGUACCUACGGUUACAGUUUAGUCUACUGGAACCAAAUAAAGAUGGGCUCAUCUCCCUUGAAAACUUUCAGACGGCACUCAUGAAAAAUGCAACUGAAGCAAUGAAGUUGUCUAGGAUUCCAGACAUUCUGAAUGCGAUGGAGGCACUAUCACAGAGGAGGAUGGAUUUCAAUGAGUUCUGUGCUGCUGCCACCAGCCCGUAUCAGCUUGAGGCUUUGGAACAAUGGGAACAGAUAGCCAGUACAGCAUUUACAUACUUUGAACAGGAAGGAAAUCAGGUCAUCUCAAUCGAAGAGCUAGCUCAGGAAUUAAACCUUCCAACCGCUUCUCAUUCCCUUCUGCAAGAUUGGAUUAGAGAAGAAGAUGGCAAGCUCAGUUUUCUUGGUUACACCAAAUAUUUGCAUGGUGUAACCAUCCGCGGCUCGAACACCAUACUUAAUUAAAUUCUGUGACCACUGAUGUGAUUAUUUGUUCAUUCUUUAUGCCACACAAAGUACUGCUGCAGUUUUUCCACCAGCCUCUUCUCUUUCCUUUAAGCUUAUUUGUUCUCAUUGCAAUUCUUUUGAACUUGGCUUUGUAGAGAAUGCUUGUGAAGAUUAAUCUGUAAAGAGGCCUGCAUCAUUGAUUCAAAGCUUUGCUUUCCAUGGGAGCAAGAAAAGUGGAUGUUGCUUUGUAAGUUGAAGUACUUGGAAAUGUGAGCUAUUUUCUAGGGCAAGAUGUAAUCAGUUUAUAUAUAUAUAUAUAUAUAUAACGAAGACAUAAUGUAAGAAUGAAAUGUACAAAGGAACUCAAAUAAACUGUAAUAUUCUUUUGUUAAUCAGAUUACAUUAA